AUGCUGAGUGGAGCCCAACUGAACUACACUGUGACUGAAAAUGAGAUGCUGGCUGUGAUGUUUGCAUUUGACAAGUUCAUAUCAUACCUGAUUGGCUCUAAGCUGAAUCUAGACAUUGAGGCUGCGGGCACAACGAGAAUCACAGAAUUGCAUGAGCUUGACGAGUUCCGAUAUCUGGCUUUUGAGAGCACACGAUUGUACAAGGAAAGAAUGAAGAGGUUACAUGACCAGAACAUUGUUGAGCGACAUUUCAACCCUGGGGACAUGGUAUUGCUUUCUAACUCAAGAUUAAGGCUAUUCCCGGGUAAGCUCAAGUCACUAUGGUCUAGCCCAUUUCGAGUGGUCGAAGUAUUCCCUUCAGGAGCUGUAAAGAUUGCCUCAGAGAAAGACUCUCAUAUAUUUAGAGUCAAUGGGCAGAGAUUGAAACUAUAUGUAGGCAUGAGUGAACCAAAGGAAGUGUUAGAGAUCCACCUGACUGAACCUUAG